UCUGCCCACUAAUUAGCUUCACCGGUUGCAAUGAAAAUAUUUGCUUACCUGGUGCUCUCGGCCCUUACGAUCGGCCAGUUGCGUGCCUCCAGGUCCGGCACAGCGGACCAGGUGACCAUAGAUGAGUGCCCUGGCCGCAGUGUGCCGCAAAUCCGGGCAGAUGCGGCCGAGUCGGAGAUUUCUCUGCUUUUCUACUACGUGUCCUGGGCCAGUGAAGCAAGGCAGGCGCGGCUGGUGUACAAUGGCCUGGUGCACUACUAUCAGGAGUACGCAUUCUUCGGGGCCAUCGAUUGUUGGCAUCUGCAGUGCAACUGCAGCCGUACAUUGAUGCCGCCACCUGGUGUCGUGGGCGCAGGUGGUUAUCCGGACAAGUGGCCUACGCUAGUGGUUCGUUAUGGACAAAAACAGAUGCUGCAGUACCAUGGUGCAUGGAGCUUUGAGGAACUUGCCCGGUUCAUGAACCAUCUGCUUCAGCCCCUCGACCGGGUACACAGCAGUCAGGAAUUGGCAGCCAUAAGAAAACACUCGGAUGCAGUGGUUCUAGGCCUGCUGGGUUCGCCGGACGAUAAGGCCUACAAGCUAUACUUAGCUGCCGGUUUGCGUUGGUUGGAGCUAGAUCCAGAGAGGAAUAUCCGCUUCACCGUUAACUUUGGUGACAGUGCCAAAAAAAUGCUAAAGUCUGCAGAGGCCAAUCUGCCCCAGUUUGUUGUCAUCGACAGCCGAAAUGGCGUACAUACUUUUAAUGGCAGUUCUGUGGACUGGAAAACAAUGGACAUUCUCCGUUGGGUACGUAAUACUCUUAAGAACACAUCUCUGUUCUCCAACGGCUAUGGCACACCAAUGACGAUUGCUAUGAAGGCGCGACAUUUUCCGGUGCUAGCCAUGGGAGUUCGAAUGAAUCAUUACCACCAUGCGAGUGUCAUGGGUGAGGAAAUGGCUACCGCUCAAAGGAAGCAGUCAGAGGGAUGCGAAGAUUAUUGGAACACUUUAAUGGAGCAGGAUGAGAACGCCUACUCUCUACUGCAAGUCCCAAAAGAGUUGUAUUUGGAAUCUGACCAAAAUCGUAGCUGUUAUCCCGUUUGGGGAAGAAUCAAAGCAACGCUGACGAACUAUUAUCAAAUCAACAGGUACCUCAACCAUCUAUGGAAGCAGUACUCUCACCAAAAUCACCCUAGAAAACGAAAGGUCCCUCACUUGCUGCGACUGCACGCUAGAAAUCUUUGCCUGGCUCACUCUCAGCAUGGAACACCAGCAAUAAAGAUCGGUAUUGCUAGGAUGGUAACAAAAUAUGGCAAUCUUAUUUGGCAACACUCGGCUGAGUACGCAGCUCACAACAGGUCGCUUAGCGUGGUUAUUUUUGAUUCUAUAAAGUAUAGGGACUAUUUGCAUCAGCUUGGCAUUCAGCAGCACCAUCAGCAGGUUCAAGUUUUCAUCUUGGAUGCGGCGGAAGAGUCGCUAUAUGUGAUGCCGCAACAACAUAGCUUUUCUUAUGUCGCACUAAAGGAUUUCAUCCGCCAGUUUUACUCAAGGACUUUGCCGAGGAUUCACAAGAAUGCACCUGCAGUGAAUCAUUCAGGAUUCUGCAGGAAAUAUAAUAGACAAAUGCUGCUACAGGCACUCCAGCUACCUAAUGCCACAAAUGUGGUAUUUAUGUAUCGUCCGGACUGCGCGUUAUCAGCAGUUUUGUCGCAAGCGUUCUUACAGGUUUCGGCGCUACUAAGCAGUCCUGAAGUGCACUUUGUACGCUUCGAUAGCAAGGCAAAUGAUCUGCCCUGGGAAUUGGCUAUGCCGAUCACUCCAUCGCUGAUCGUCUUCCCUCAAUCAAAGCCCACCGAGUCCGUGGUUUUUCCCACCGAUGUGCGGAUUGAUGUCCAAAGCGUUUUUGCAUUUGUAAUCGCCCAACUGCAGCCGGAGCAGCAGAUACGUUCGGUUCUGACCAGCUGCAAACGGCGGAUGCGAAACGUGAGGAGCUGUCUAGACUUUGCCCGCAACCUGGUAUUGCAACACGUCAGUCAAUAUCUGAAGUUCUGGGAGAUUUACAAACGGGAAAGGGACGCCAUCCUUUCCCACCUAAAGGAGUUUAACGACCUUCACAUUUCCAUCGAAAGCAAAAUUCGAUUAUAGCCAAAUUCUUUUGAACUCUAUCCUUUGUACUUACCGUUUAUAAUUCCAGGGUAAGAAGCUGCCUACCCGCUCUCCUGUAUAAAGUAAGUUUAAAGUUGUCUCUUCUUAAGGUAUUUAAAACUCAUAGCUGUACCAAAUUAUAAAUAAAAAGUAGAUCAAUAAAUUUCACAAUUUAAUGGAAGAGUGGCAUUUCACAUGCAUUUGAAA